AUGGCAUCUGAAGGUGAACCGAAAAUUAUUGCGUCUGCUGCUGCUGCUGCUGCUGUUGGCAGGGAAGAAGAUGAUCCUAUUGUCGUUUUUAUGCGCUAUUUUAUCGGCCACAUUCUUCCCUAUGGCGUGGUCUUUGGCUCUGUGAUGCUGAAGGUUCCACAGAUUGUGAAGGUUCUACAACACCGUAGUGCGGCUGGUAUUUCCCUUGCAUCGCUUUGCUUUGAGUUGACUUCAUACGUGAUUACCACGAGCUGGGGUAUUGCUCAAGCGCUACAGUUCAAAGACUUUGGCGAGAACAUGUUCAUCAUGCUGGAGAUGGCUCUGCUGUUGCUGCUGGUUGGCUAUCUCCAGAAUAACCUGCUGUAUGCCAUGUCAGUGUUUCUUGCAGAAGCGACGGCACUCGCUGCCAUGUCGACUGGAUUUCUUGAUCGGGAUCUUCACGAGUGGCUGUUGAGUGUGCAGAUCCUCUUCGGGAUGAGUAGUCGUGUACCUCAGAUCAUUAUGAAUUAUCGGAAUGAAUCAACAGGGCAACUGUCGUUUGCCACGUUCUACUUGGCUAUGAUGGGUGGAAUUUCAAGGUUGCUGACGACUUUCCACAACGUACCAGUUGAGAAGGGAAGACACGUGAUGUUGACGCAGUUCAGCAUCUCAGUGGGACUGAACGUAGCGAUCAUCAUCCAGAUUCUGCAGUAUAGGAAGAAUACAAAGGCGGUACUGAACUGUGGGAAAGAAAAGAAGACAUGUAAGGAAAAUAAAAAAAAUCAGUAG